AAUAUGUAUAAAGGUCUUUAUUUAUGGAAGACGUGUAAAAAAUUGCACUUUCAUGAAUAUUUCACAGGUAUUUUGUGAGUUUGUGACUCGCAAGUCGUGAAAUAAGGGAACUUUUAUUGAAUUUUUCAAGUUAGUUUAUAAAAGCAGGAUAGGAGCAGAAAGUAAAAAUACCAAAAACGCAAGCUUAAACGAAAAAAAAGUUAAAAAUGGUGAAUUACCCACGUAAAUGCUGACGCAGUUUGCCAUCCACGUAAACAGUAGCAUUAAACAGCCGGAGGUAAUAUUCUCGAGACACUAGUAAUGAUUUACAAUUUUAUAACCCUUCUUAUGAGUCGUUCUUGAGAGAAUUGCUUCAAACGACAAGCUGUCUAGCUUCUGAAAGCUCCUUAUCAAUUUUCUGCCUCGUUAGGUGUUUCAUUAUAUGCAAAUUUAUUUACUGUCUUUUCAUAUUCAAUUUUUUUGUUCAUACCCAUUUAUAUUCUAUUUCUUUUUUUCUAAUUUCCUCCCCUCUCUUUUGAUAUUUACUUUGAUAUUUUAGAAUUCUUUUUUCCUUUUGAAUUAUUAUUUUUUGCUUCACGACUUAUUUCACUCAUUUCACCCUUAUUUCGAUUUCUCUUCCAUCGCAUUUUUCCUCUCUUUCGUUAACUUUUAUUAGUGAUAAGUAAGAAAAAAGAAAAUGUGGAAGCAGAGAGAAACAUUAUCGUAACAUUUCAAAAAAGUGAUUGAGAGUCGACAUGAAAUCGUAAAAAUGGUGAUUUUUUGUCUCGAGAAAUAAAAUCUUUUUUCGAAGAGGAAGUACUCGAGUGCGUCGCUUGUGCUUUUCGAGAGAACAAGUAAACUUUCCGGUUAGGACACGAAGCAGACUUUCAUUUUGUCUGUUGGGAACAACUUUGACAAGGAAAGCAACCGGGAAGAAAAUAAAAAAGAAAAAAAGAAAAAAAGAAAAUAAAGAGUAGAGGCUACUUCUCCUUCUUCUCAGGAUAUUUUAACAAUAUUUUUCUUCACUCCACCGCGAGAGAAGAGGAGUCAACCUUUCAGUCAGAAGCUUCUUCGAGUGGAAAAAAUAUUAGAAUUGAUAUGGCAAUGAUUUUUGGUUUGGCCAUUAAACACUGGGACAUUCUUCUGACUUUCUGGAAAGAUAGUCGUAGUCGGUGAGAUAAACAAUUACAUAAGGCAAUUGUUGAAGGAAAAAAAUAAGCAAGCUGGGAAUCAACAACAGACGAUUUUACGAUUCCUAAUUUUUUAUCUUGUCUCUUGCGAAACGUGGGCGUCUCAAUACAAACGACGAUUUUUUUCAACUUUUUCCGCUUUCCUCUCUGACGCAAUUGAAGGAUCAAACUUUUUUCAAAAGGAGUCACCGACAAACCAUUGGUUUUUUUCUUCCCGAAAAUUCUCGUCUUCAAUUUUAUUAAAGAUCGUUUAGAAAAGUUUCAUUGACCCCGAACCGAAAUAUGCAUCGCGGCCGAGUUAACUUCAUCAAAGCCUCCACCGGCUUCCGGUUCUUCUUCCUCUUGGCCGGAAUCCUCGCCGAGAUCGACGCCUUCGUUGUGGCCCUACCGGAUCCUGCCUACUACCAUCAACAAAAAAUUUACAAGGAACCACUAAUUAGAAGACCAUAUAUAAAUCGAGAAGAAAUAGAGGAAAAAAGUAUGCAGAUUGAACGAUUCGAAAAUACUCGACACGAAGUCACAGACUGUAUGUUCGUGACGAGCGAGCCUGGUUUCUUUACUUUCAAUUCAACAUCAGAUGACGAAUCAGUUUGUGGACUCUUUUUCAUGGCGGAACCGGAUCGUGUGGUCGAGAUCAUUUUCACACAUUUCGACGUGCCGUGCGAAGGCAAUGGACUGGCGUCGUUUGUCGAUGGAUGGGAAUUGAAUGGGGAAUUCUUCCCGAGCCCUGGGGACCAUCAAUUGCCUUUAGAGCAGAGAUUGAGUGAAUUUUGUGGUCCGAGGGUAAACAAAAUUUUCACAAGCUCACAGAAUGCGGCUCUUAUUCAGUACCGAAUACCUAUCAAAGGAAAGGGCUUCACUGUUUUCGUUAAACAUCGUCUAAAUCCAGCUCCCUGCAAUGUGCUGGCGAAUGAGACUAAGGCCCCAUUUAUGUUACACAAUUACCGGAGACGAAGUAAUUGUACCCUCACAGCACUUUAUCCCUGUGCCGUUCGCCUGAUUGCUUUCAACGUUGGCAAGAAGAAUUUGUUCACCGAUACUAGCAUCAUGCAGAAGUGUGAAAGCAACGAUAAAAUUCAAAUUGGUGGAAGCAAUUCCCUGGACACGAACAAUUUAAAGCCUCUUCACACAGUUUGUGGUAGAAAUUUAAAGCCAAGUGGCGAGAUACUAGUGGGAUAUGAAGUAACGUCAGUGAGGUUAAUAUCGAGCGGACGUUACGAUAACUUCGUGAAGGUAAUGAUCCGUAAAGCUGAGGAAAACGACAUUCUCGAUGUUAAUCUUCCUUAUGGCCUAUGAAGUUUCACGUUAAAUGGUAGAAUUUUUCGACAAGUGUAUAAAAUAAGAAUUACCGACACUUUUGCUUAUUCGACAAGCGAAAAAUUUUGAAACGGAAGAAAUUUGAAAAAAAGCAAAAAAAAAGAGAAAAAAUCGUC